CAAAAUACAAUGGCGGAAAUGAAAGCAUUUGUGACAGAGUUUUGCUAAUAUUUUAACGAUAAAAAAUGAAUUGAGUCAAUGGCAUUUUCAAUUAAAGAAGCUCCAGUAUAUGGUGGGGUAACUCUGGUGGUAGAGUUUGAUGAAGACACACCCCUCUCGUCCCUCGGCAACUACUAUGUCGUGUACGAAGGUUCUCGACAACGUCAUGUGACCCAGUCCCGACUACUAGCACCCACAAAACUACACUCUGUUGUGCCAAGUCAUAGUGAAGAAGAGGACGUUUUAGUGUCUGUUGUAGACUUCCAGGGACCUCAAGUGUCUGCCCCUCUUCUUGCGCGAGGCCAUAUAACAUUCCGGACGGACUCCACCUUCCAUUUAGCGGAGUUCUUACGAGACAGUGUGUUCCAUAUAGACUCGCUUGCAGACCUUGAACUAAUCAAGGGAGAUAAUUUCAAUAUUGCCAAUGAGGAGUUAUCUACUCUUGAUGUGCGAUUAAGUCGUGCAUUAACGUAUUUAGGUUUUCCGGAAUGGUGGUCACUAUUGGGAAAUGAAUCAAAUUCAGAAUCCCCAGCACCCAGGGAAUCAUUGUUACACUUCUCAGCGAGGCUGGGACUGGUCAAGGUCACUGGGUUUUUCCUGCGUAGGACUGGCAGUGAGGCGUGUCUAAAACUCCCGAAUAGUCGCGGUCACCUGCCAAGGGACGUUGCUCUAGACCACGGCUUCAACGGUCUUGCAGAAUUGUUAUCAGAGUAUAAUUUAACCAGCCUGUUACCAAUAGGGCGGUGGAUUCAGCGUGAGGAGGGACGCUUCCAAACCCAGGACACGGGAGAUGUGACCUUGACUGCUGAUCUGCAAAAUCAUCAUAAAACCUUAGAAGAGGAUAUAACUGUGCUACAGUGUGUCAAGCAGCAGUUGGAGUCAGAAGAUACAGAUGUGUCUCGGAACUGGCAGACAGACUGGCCCCACCAAAACACACAAACUGAUAAAGCUGAACCAGACACUGACACAUUCAAAGCUGUAUGUGACAAAGCCAAAGACCUAUCAACCCUUGUAUCAGUAGAUGACUAUUGCGCCCCAGCAGAUAUAUACUCAGACCCAAACCUUGACGGCGGCCAUGAUGGCGGCCAUGAUGAUGACAUUGAGAUGAGCGAGGAUUGUGACGUUGCCAUGGAGAUGGACUCACAUGACCAGACUGAAGGCGAUGAAGAGACACAUGAUAUCAUGGAGGGCAGUAUUUCGACCCUUCACCAAGUGAGCGAGCAUUUACAGAGGAUAAGAGCGAAAAGUACGGUGUUCAGCAAAAUACUGGAACAGGGUAAUCACAAGAGAAUAUCGGACCUGCGUGCGGAGAACCUAGCGCGGUUCAGCACAUCCUGUCCAUCCCUCGACAACGAAAGUCGAAACUCCCCGCUUCCGGUUAUAGAUGAAGCAGACCAUCACAAGUCUAUGGUGGACCUUGCGGAUGACAAUGUGGGGGACUCUGGCGCAAGCCCUGCAUCCAUGUGUUCGGGGGACGUGUAUUCUUCAGGUCCUGACAUCGCUGACGGCUCCGACGGAGUCCAUAUCAUAGUUGACGGUACUACAACAGAUAGCUCCACAGACAUUGGCCUAGAGACUCAGGAAUAUGAUCGGUUUCUUAAUGACUUCUAUGGGGGCAACGUUCCACAGGUGCGUCGCCGUAGUUUCAGUCCACAGCCAAUGAAACCCCCUGUACUACAAGAAAGGGAACCGGACAACAACAACAUGCUCAUACAUGCUAACAAGAGUGUUAAUCUGUUGCCGGCAGAGGAAGACACGGAUGAAGACUCGUUCCCAAGUCGAGAAGACGUGUCAGGGUCCGAUGGCAAUCUCAGUGGGGGAGGGGAUUCAUACCGACGCCAUCUGAAGAGUGAUGGGGAUGCGAUGGUUACCCAGAGGAGGCGCAUUUUGCAAAAUGGGGAAACUGAUGUGAAUGUUCGGGGUAAGGAAAACAACGUUCGGUACAGCGCGGACGUCGAGACUAUGAUGAGAAAUGCCAAAGUCAGAGAACUUCAGGGUCACCACUCCGGUAGCCACCUCGAGGCGAUGUCAAGUGUUUCCCGUGGUGAUGGGCGUAUCUUAUCGGCACUGCCGCAUGGUAAAAUCACCAAGGCUCUCAGUAUGUCCUCGAUACCGGCUGCAACCAACGCUGACAAAACCAAGGGUUCCGGGCUUAAGGGCAAUGAUAAAGCGACCCCUUCAUAUCUCCUUAUACAAAAGCUAAUAGCUGAACAUGAUGCGCAGUUUCACGACAGCAAUGAGCCCUUGGAGGAGGAGAAUGGCUUUCCCGUGCAGCACGUGCAAACUAAAACACCAAAUAAGCAAAAACCUCAACUCUCUCUCUUAGAUUUCCUUAAUGACUCGUCCAAUUUCACAGACUCGGGUCUGAGUUCCCCGAAACAGAAGGAGGAGAAAAAACCAAAGAAGCCCGGAGUCUUCUCCCGAUUCCACUCAAGCUACAGAAUCAAAAAGCACCUAUGGAUGUCUCAUACUAACAAAGAGAAGGAGGGAAAGGAGAACAAACUACGUGCCGCAUCCCAUCGCUUUGUGCAAGUCAGCUUCAGUAACGCCACGACCUGUGACGUCUGCCGAAAACCUCUCAUAAACAAACCCGCUUCAAGUUGCCAAACUUGCCUUUUAAACGUUCAUGACAGUUCCUGUAAGGAGCACAUAACUGCCUGUGAUAAAUCAAAACUUAAGGGCCCCCUAGCCCGACAGUCGAGUACCGACGGUGAUGGUGGGUCUCCCAACCAGGAUAAAAACAAUGGCUCUACAGGGGUUACCAGUAUGCGUAGUGCGUCAUUCCGGGACAACUCUACGAGAGUUGUCAACUCGUACGCGGGCUCCUCCACCCAACCACUGCCUGGUGCCGAGGUGCCUGUACAACCAGACAUCGCCAAGGAAUCAGUCGUGGUGCGGAAACGAAAAACAAAAAAUGCUUUGCAGUCAGCCGCCGCUCAGCUCCAGCGACAUAGUCUGCCAACGCCAAGGAUACAGGUAGAUACGAGUUAUCUCGACAAGCGGUCAAAAUCUCCGGGUCGAUUGACGACUUCAAAUUCUUUGCCUGCGAGCAAUGAUGUUGUUUCUAAAAACAGUCCCUCCAAUAACCAUGCGAUUGCAGAGGAGGGAGAAUCUGAUCGAGACGUCUCCAGGCUGGACCUGGGACCAUCUUUCAAUGAAGCCAUAUGUCGCUCAACAGAAUCUUUGGAUGAAUUGGACAGUGCUACCAUGUCGGAGUCCCGAGUGAAUGAAGAGUUACUGGCCCUGGAUGUUGUGGAACCAGAGACGUGGAGUGAGACGGCGGAUAAGAAACUCCUGAAAAAGCUUCAUUCCAAGGACAUUAAACGACAAGACACCAUAUGGGAGUUGAUACAGACUGAAAAGCAGUAUUGCAAGAGAUUAAAAGCACUCAAAUAUAUCUUCCGUGAGGGAAUGGUUCGCGAGUUACGGAUGUCAAAGGUGUGGUUUGAACGUCUGUUCCCGCGUCUAGAUGAACUGGUCGCGAUACACGACAACUUCCUGGCACGACUUCAGAGCCUGCAAAAUGUACGACCUGAUCGACAAGUGGAGGAGAUCGGGCCCGCACUCAUAGAUCAGUUUUCCAAUGAAGCUGGACAGAAAAUGAAGGAGGCAUAUGGGGUUUUCUGUAGCGGACAUCUGGAGGCUGUUCGAAUAUAUAAAGAAUUACUUGCUAAAGAUAGGAAGUUCCAGCUUUUUAUAAAGUCAUGUUCCGAUAACCCUUACACUAAGAAGCGAGAAUUCCCCGACUACAUCUUGCUCAUUACUCAGAGGCCGACAAAGUACCCCGUUCUCGUGGAAGCCAUCAUCAAAAACACAAAAGACAAGAAGGACAGAGAGUACCUUGUUCAUGCGCACGGGUGUGUUGAAGAUGUGUUGAAAAGCGUUGACCAGCAAGUUUGUGCAGCUGAGCGCGCCAUGAAGUUACAAGAGAUCAGUUCACGUCUUGAUAUCAAGUCAUAUGCUAUACAUAGGGGGCGGAAGUUCAAGAAAGCAGAUGUAACUCAUCGAAGGUUACUAUACGAGGGUAUGAUCGGAUGGAAGAAUGCACGGGGCAAGGUUGUCGAGGUUCUAGCUGUAGUUCUCAAUGAUGUAUUGUUUUUCCUGCAAGAUAACAACCAGAAACUGUCAUUCUUCUCACAAGAUAACAAGCACGGUGUAGUGUCGCUGUUUAACCUGCUGGUUCGGGAAAAGCGCGACUCCAAGGACACAAAAGGCAUCUAUCUGAUCAGUCAGAAUAAGCGCAACCCGGAGAUGUACGAGAUUGUCUUCAACUCCUCUGCGGAUAUGGGCAAGUGGGCCAAAGCUCUGAGAGAGGCCAUAUCACUGUGCCCGGAAGAAGAGGAAGAAGAGAUCUCUGAGGCUGAGGAAUUUAGGAGACGUCAGGAGGAGAAAUGUUUAGAAAAACACGAGAGGGCCAAGGGACUUAUGGAGCAAAUGCACGUGAAGGAUUGUGAGAUCAAGCGACUGUGUGACGAGAAGAAUCGACUCACAGACGAGCUCAUGGCUGUUUUUAAUGACGAUGAUCAGCCUAGGUCUCGGCCAGGGUCGCAAGACUUUGAGGAGCUAGGCCAUGAUUCAUCGUCCAUAGUGGGUGCCUCACUGCAGGCGUGUGUCCAAGAUGUGUCCAGUCAACUGACCGCGCUACUCCAGGGGAACGUGUCCAAUCUGUCUCGCAGUGUUAGCAGUGUUGGUGAACAUGCUAGCAACACGUUCAAGGAGAUAUUUGUACCAAAACGGGCCGAGACAUUUGCUGGGUUCGAUAACCAUGAGCAUACCAAAGUGCGUUGCCGCAUGGAUGGCGCGGACCAGGGGGACAAUUUUAUUGCAGGGGAGGGUCGUAGUGACAGCCUUCACGAUCUCGCUGGUGACCUCUCUAGGGAGAGUAAUGAGAGUGAGGGGGAUACAGGGCAUGGCUCCUCCCCAAGUCUGGUGACUUCAGUGACCUCAAGUCUGGGCUCACCUCAGCAGGACACACCAAACAUCACCAAUAUCAUCAAGACUCUAAACGGCAUUGUGCAUCUGACAGCCAGUCAGGGCACUGCUGUGGAGACAUUAAGAGCCCAGCUGGCCGAGGCAAAUGAGCGCAUCAACAAACUCUCGGCUGAUGUACACGACAAGAAGUCGGGAUACAAACAUAAUCAGUUGGAAGAGCUUAGAAACCUCUCGGGCGUUAUCCAGCGCGAGAAAGAGGAAUGGGAGAGAAAACGGGACAAGCAGCAGUCAAUGCUAGACCAUGAGAGAAGGGAACUAGAGGAGUUUAAAGCCCAACUCUCUAAACAGGAGGCUGAGAUCAAAGCUGAGCGUGAUAAGUUGAAGAAGGAACGCGAGGUCCUACAGAAGCAGAUGGAUUUUCAGCGACAGAGUGGUCUUCUGCCCAAGGCCCAAGUGGACCUCGAUCAUUACGAUCCUAGUAGUGAUAACCAAGACUCUAGUAGCGAUAAUGUGCAAUCUAAUCCGGACUUUGUGCCCGGACAUAAGCGCUCAGCAUCCGCAUCAGAGUCAUCUAAAUCUUCAAACGGAGAUUUCAGUAAGAAAACAGACUCUAAUGCAAAUAGUACUUCAGCGAAAGAGAAUAAUUUUCGACCUGAACACAAGUCUGUACCUAAGCUUCAAAGUUUCUCUUUCGGAAGCGGUAACAAACCCGUACCCGUGCAUCUUCUUAGUGCUGCUAAUGAACAAAAGUUUGGAUCUAAAAAUGUGCAACAACUUCCCUCGAAGCUGCUUUUGAGCGGGGCCUCAACUACAUCCCUACCAGCCCAGGCCAUACCAGGAAUGAAAAAUAGUCCCUCUGGAAAUCAGUCCUCAGCAUCCCUUGCUGAGGAUACAGGUAGUCGAGGCGACGCCGGCCAGCUUGGUCAUAGUGCUAGUCUCGGAACUCUGGGGACAAGUGUCACUGUUCCCAAGGGGAGUAGACAGAGUAAUCGACCAAAGCCGUCACCCUUGGGAGGUGGAUUAUCGACCUCGUUACUAAAACUUGCAGAAAAGGGCGAUAAAAAGAACAAAAGCAGCAGUUCUAGUCAAAAGGAAAAGGAAGAAAAGGGGGCAUCGCCCCCAGGAGACAAAAGUCAGCGCCCGCAAAGUGCCGGAAAUCGCUCCGGGAAUAUAAACCAUAAGCCACAGAAGUCAGACAGCGAUGUUAUAUACUUCUAGGAUAUUAAGAUGGUUCAAAGUAGUUCAACAGAUGUACAGAAUGAAGAAGAUAGAAGCUGCAAAAAUGAUGACAAGAUAUCCCUGAGAUUAUAUCGGAGUGCCUUCCUCACAGCCUUUCUGCUAUUGGUCACAUAUUUUAGUUUUAGCGGAAACCAAAGUCACUUCUUUGCGAUAGUUAAUCAAUAAUUUGAACAGUGCUAUGGUAUAUAUAUGGUUUUAGCUUGUGCUGUGUAAAAAAUUCACAUCCAGGUUGAUGCAUGUAUUUUGAAUCAAUCUUGGAGGGUGGUUUAAGGCUUAAAGGUCAAGUAAAAAUGAUUUCACACUUUUUCACACUUAAUGGGCUAAAGUGUGAGAAAUAUUAGUCGUGUAACAUGUAAAUUAUGUUCAGAUUUCAAAAAUGUGCAAUACUGUUUGUUUUUUUAAUGAUUUUUAUCUUUUCUUUUUAUUCAGAUCUGUGAAAUAUGUAUUAUUUUGAUUAUAGUAAAAUAGUAUUUCAGAUGUAUGAUUUUGAAAGGAAAAAAGAAGAAAAAUCAUUUUUACUCAUUUGUACAAAGAUAUAAAUUUUAAAAUAAAAAUACAUGGGAAUUUAAGAUUGUAUCAUAUUUAACAAGAGCAACUUAUUUUUGUUUCUUGAUUGUUUUAUGUUUUUAUUGACUAAUUUUCUAUCACUAAAAACUAAUAAUAUGCAUGACUGACCGUUAUAUUUUAACCUUCUGCUAUAAAUUGUUAAUGUAUUGAAAACACAAGAUGUAAUGAUGUAAUAUUUAUUUUAUUUAUGAAUGUCUUGAUUAUUAUUUUUGCUGGACAUGUACAUUUUUAUUGAGAAUGGCAUGAAUAAUUUUACAAAAAAAGGCGUAUUAUAAAGAUGUACUGAUAAAAGAUCGAAUGUAACAGUGCGUAACAUAUCGACGUGGAAAAAACUGCCUUGGUAAUAUACUUAUUUAUGAUAUAUAUUAGUUUAAUCAGUAAUAGUAUGCAAUAAAGUGUGAUUUAAAUUGUGAAUAUCAAAGUCAGUGCUACUUAUUCUAAGCUUUAGACUCUGUUUUUUAUUUGCAUGUUCCAUAAAAUUAGGGCUUCUGAUUUAUUAACAGAAUCGAGAACUUCAAAUACCCGGUAAAAACGUUUUUCUUGCCAAACUUGUAAUGUAACUACUACUUUUUAUAUUUUUUUAAGAAGUAGAGACAGCAGUUGCUUUUGGCAUAUAGAAAAAAACAAUACAUUUUUUGUUAGAAAUUGAUCAACUGAGAUGCAUUGUAUUGUGCCUUGCUCUUUUUUGACCCAUAAAUACACUUACAUGUCGAUGUAGUGUACCGCAACCAAACAUGUUUUAAUACGCGCAAUUGUGAACGAAAUCAGCUGUAUGGCAUAAAUCUGUCAUUUUGAAUUCAGGUAGCAUUUUAACUGAUGACACAUCAGUAUAGACCGGUAAUAGUAGUCCAACUAACAGUGUGAAUUUUACAACCCAGAAAUGGUUGUAUUGAUGUGUUUUCAGAUUUUAAUGUUUUAUAUAAACACAUUCCUAUAAACGAAACAUGGAUAUCUAUUUUUGCUAUAUGUUGAUAAAGCAUAUUGUUUAUAAAGUACUAUUUUGUAAUAGGAAAUAUAUCAUACCAGUCAUUUAACCAUAUUUCCCUUCAUUUAAUGUUUGUACGUCUUUCACAUUUUCCUAAUGUUAGAGUAUACCCUUGUAUACAAUUCCUACGAAAUAGGUGACCUUGGUCUUGUACUGUCUCCAGUUUUUCUGAGCAUUAGGUGUCUUACGAAAUAGGAAUAUUGGAUCAAUUGUUAAGAACUUUGUUAAAGUUAAUAACACGAUUAACAACAUCGUUGUUAACUUCUAAAGAUGAAAUAUUUUACGAUGUGCUCGUAGAUGUAAAUAAAGCAAGUACAGCUUUAAUAGUUGUUUCAAAUCUUGUUAGAAAUAUACUGCAGAUUAUAAUUGCAUCCAUUGUAAACUUUGACAAAGUUUUGAACAAUCAGCCAUUUAUAUUAUUAAAUCAAAACAAUAAACAAAAUUUUAUUUUAGCAUUGAAGACUGUAGAUUAUUGCUUAAAUUCUACAAGUUUUCUUUAUUUGCUAUGUGUUAUGUUAACAAAAUUUGUUGUGGAACAUUAUCUUAUUAUUAAUAAGCAACAAUAAUUAAAUAUUUUGUAAGGUUUUAAAAUCAGACGAUUGCAAAUAUUUAACACAAGCGUAUUUGAACAAUCUGAAGUGGUCAGUGGUAUUUAUCACACAUUACUAUAAAAAGAGACAUUUUGAGCAGACAGCAGUCUGGUUGGUAAAUGAUUGUCAACAAUGGUUUUGUAUAUAUUUUGUUCUUACGAAAGGCCUCCUAAUGUUUCAGAACUUUUGGCAGUAUCUAAUGGACCUUCUGUAUAUCUUUUAGGGAGGCAUUCUUACAUAGUUGGCACAUUACUCUGGAUUUGCAGUUAAAAAUCAUGAGAAUGAUAACUGGAAUAGUUGUAUUUACUGUUGAUAAAAACUUGCGUUACAAAUUUUUAGAUGGUGACUAGAAAGUCUUCAAGCAGCAUUUUUGUUUGGUUAAUAAUUGUAAAUCAUUAAAAUCAAAAGUUUCAGUUAAUCAUGAAAUUUAGGAUAUAGUUAAUCAAUGAACUUAACCCUCACUUUUUUCUUUUUAUUUUACUUAAAUAGAAGCUUCAUUUGAACCUGUGGACAAGAUAUUGAAAAGGGAAGAUCAAACAACGGAAUUUGUGCUAUUUAGAUUAUAUUGUGCCUCUGUGCUUAAGAUAGCCUCAUGUGUACAGAUGAAUAUAUAUAACUAUACUCCUGUAUAGAAAAGUUUAUUGUGUAUUAUUUUCUUUAAAAAAAGGAAAAUAACCAAAAAAGUCUAAAAUGAGAAAAUGAAGAAAAAAUAUAGCGUAGGAAAAAAAUUAAUGUGUUCAGGGCGACUAUGCUGAAUUAUGGGUAAAUAUAUACUCCUGUCUAUAUUGUUAAUGUUUGAGGUGUUUAUUAACAUAAAUCUCUGAAACGACUGGUUCAUGGGAAAAUGGAACAUGUUCUUAAAAUAAAUCUCGGUUGACAAAUUCAUAUUCUAUACAUUAAUGGUUUUUGAAGUCGUGUAUUAUAUUGUGACUUUAGUUAUAAAAAUGUGUUGAUUUUAACACUUUUGAUUAUAAAAAAAUAAGCUUGCACUGCUAUUUGUUCUUUAUACUUUUAUGUAGAGUGCCGCACUCUGCGAUAUUAUUGCAUUGUGUUCACUGCAUUUCUUCGUUUAAAAAAAUCGAUAAAAAAACAACAUUUUUGUAUCAAUGUGAUUAUCGUAUUAUGUGAACUUUAAUAAUUAAAAUUGUCGCCAGAAAGAAAAUAAAUUGUAUGAAUUUGGCAAUAUCAUAAUUGAUAAAGACGUAAAAUUCUGGACAUAGAAAUAGCCAUUUUCCCAGGGCUGAACAUGUUUACAGAUGAUAUAUGUAUUAGUUUGUCUUUUUGUCACUCUCGUUUCAUCUUCACACACCCUUUUUAAUGUGUUUGAAUUGAUUUUUGUUAUCGGAUUGAAGAUUUUAGGACAUCAAGCUGGUAGAAACAGCACUUGGUAAUUUAAUAAUAACUACUUUUAUCGCAUACUGGCCUUACGAAAGUUUAAAUACUUUUAAAAGAUUUUAACUCAUUUUGUGUUUUGUUAAGAUGCGUGUUAUCAGUUCUAUGUCAAGGCCUAAUGAAUGUUUCGAUGUUCAGAACUUUCGAUAUACAAUAUGUACUACUAAUAAUUGUAUAAAACAGUGAUUAACUAUGAAUGCUAUAUUAUGGAGACGGGUCUCCAAUGUUUUUCGAUGAUAUUUCCAGCUUGCUGGGCAGAUUAACAAUAUUGCUGUACAAGAGUGAACUGUCAUGUACACAUUCUAGAUAAUAAAACAUAUCAGUUUCAUA